AUGAGAGCCCUCACUGCCGCCACAAUCUCCUCCCUGAUACGCGCCCUCCUCCUCCUCCACCCCUCCUUCCCCUCAACCUUCCGCCUCCCUCCCACCAUGAACCCCUCCUCCUCCUCUGGCUACCGCUCCAAUGCUGCCGCCUUUGCCUCCACGCACCAGCCGCGUGGCGGCCGUGGCGGUGGCAGGCGGCCGGGUGGACGUGGCGGCGGCGGCGGUGGCGACGGCGGAAACCGCAUCGACGCCCUCGGCCGCCUCCUGACGAGGGUCUUGCGGCACAUGGCGCCGGAGCUGAGGCUGAACAUGAGGAGCGAUGGCUAUGUGCGGGUCCGCGACCUGCUCCGCCUCAACCUGGAGACCUUCGCCAAGGUUCCGCUCAACUCCCACACGGUGGAUGAAAUCAGGGAGGCGGUCAGGCGAGACAACAAGCAGAGAUUUGGUCUGUUGGAGGAGGAUGGCGAGCUGCUGAUUCGAGCUAACCAGGGGCACACUGUGACAACUGUUACAUCAGAGAGCUUGUUGAAACCAAUUCUAUCGGCUGAUGAAGUCUCAGUCUGUGUCCAUGGAACUUACAGGAAAAAUGUUGAUUCAAUACUGAAAUAUGGGCUUAAACGUAUGGCAAGGCUACAUGUACAUUUCUCAAGUGGUUUACCAUCGGAUGGGGGAGUUAUUAGUGGGUAUGCGGAGUGGCGCAAACAUAUUGAUAUAUUUGAAUGUCAGAAAGGCACUGCAAGACGGGAUGAAGCUAUACAUCUCAGACAACAAGGUGAUACUGACGGAGGGCUUCGACGGCGUCGUCCCCGUCAAGUACUUCGAGAAGAUCGAAACUUGGCCAGGACGUGCACCGAUACCGUUCCAGAGGUAGAAGAUUCUCCUUGCGAAAAAGGAAAUCAACCGCGUUGUAAUAUCUGA